AUGGCGGCGCUCUUGUGGCUGGGCCUGUGCGGGGCGCUGCUGCUCCUGUUGCUAUGGAGCCGGGCGCGGCCUGCCUAUCGCCAGGGCCGCGCGGCGGCGGUGGUGGUGGUGCUGGGCGACCUGGGCCGCAGCCCCCGCAUGCAGUACCACGCCCUGUCGUUGGCCCGCCGGGGCUUCCGCGUCGCCUUCGUCGGCUACGCGGGUACCAAGCCACACAACGAUAUAUUAUGUAAUGAAAAAAUACAGAUAGUGCACAUUCCGGAGCAUAAAACAUGGCAAGUUGGCCCCAAAGUUUUCCAAUAUAUCGCAAAAGUGAUUAUUCAGACUAUCCUACUGUUUUACAUGAUGUUGAAGAUAGAGAAUCCAGGCUAUGUUCUUCUUCAGAAUCCUCCAGGGCUGCCCAGCAUAGCUGUUACCUGGGCCGUUUGCUUUCUGCGCGGAAGCAAGCUCAUAAUCGACUGGCACAACUACGGGUAUACCAUAUUGAGCCUGACGCAUGGAGACAGACACCCAUUAGUCUGGAUCGCUAAAUGGUAUGAAGAGCUCUUUGGCCGUUUCUCUGAUUAUAACAUUUGCGUAACGGAUGCGAUGAAAGAGGAUCUGGAGGUGAACUGUCACAUCAGAGCGAUAACCCUGUAUGACAGGCCAGCAUCUUUCUUCAAGGAGACGCCGCUGCGCGACCAGCAUAGCCUCUUCAUGAAGCUCAGCAAAGACUAUGUUCCAUUUAAAGCCCGAUCCAUAGCGGAGCCCAACCUACCGGGCGACGAGAAAUCGGCCUUCACGCAACGAGACGUCCGAAGUGGACAGGUGACCCGCCCCAAAGACCGGCCGGCUCUCCUGGUCAGCAGCACCAGCUGGACAGAGGAUGAAGAUUUUUCUGUCUUGUUGAACGCUUUAGAAGAAUACGAGCGUUACGUCAGUGAUGAGGCGAAGCUUCCUCCUCUGGUGUGUGUGAUAACAGGCAAAGGGCCCCUGAAAGAGUAUUACAGCAAACUGAUUGCGACCAUGCAUUUCCAGCAUAUCCAGAUCUGUACGCCCUGGCUGGAGGCAGAGGACUACCCCCUUCUGCUGGGCUCAGCGGACUUGGGCGUGUGCCUCCACAAAUCAUCCAGUGGCUUGGAUCUCCCCAUGAAGGUCGUGGACAUGUUUGGUUGCUGCCUGCCUGUGUGCGCGGUGCACUUCCGGUGCUUGCACGAGCUUGUGAAGCACGAAGUGAACGGAUUGAUAUUCAAAGACUCGAGCGAACUCGCUGGACAGCUGAAGAUGCUUUUCUGGGAAUUUCCUACUGCAGAAGGCAAGCUUAAUUUAUUCAGGAGAAAUCUUCGGACGGCCGAGCAGUUGCGGUGGGACGAAAGUUGGGAGCAGACCGUAUUACCUUUGUUUUCCAACAGUUGA